UCUUUCUCUCUCUCUCUCUCUCUCUCCCUCGCUCUCUCCGUCCCAGCUGUGUUAGUACUAUGUAAUUCAGUCUUCCAGAACUUCAGAGCAUUCAGUAAGAGACAUGAGUGAGCAGCAGAGACAAACAAACAGCGAGAGCUGGACUGUAGACGGUCAGCAAAAGGCUCAAAGGAGUAAACACAGGACAUAGCAAAGAGACAGUCAGUAAACAAGGCCAUGCAGCAACGCAACAGGUCUUACUUGAGCUAACAACAUGGACUUUAAUGAGUGUGAAGAAAUGAUUGAUAAUUCCGUAGACAUGGACAGGCUGAAUCGCAAUGUUCCAGAACAAGGCCGUCAGACACAUCAGGUCCUACAGAGCACGCCAUUGGACCUGAUUGAAACAGGCAAGACUCUCAAAGUCCAGGCAGAACGGCCUCAUCUUGUCAGUUUGGGAAGUGGACGUCUGAGUACGGCAAUAACCCUGCUGCCCCUGCCAGAAGGGAAGACUACACUUGGUCAUGGGAACACAGACAUUAAUAUUCAGGGUCCGGGUGUGACGUCUCAACAUUGCUACAUUGAGAAUGUGGGGGGAGUCAUCACCCUAUACCCCUGUGGAAACCAGUGCUCAAUGGACGGCUUAGCAGUUACCAAGCCAGUCAGACUCACACAAGGGUGUAUGCUGUGUUUUGGCCAGUCAUCCUUUUUCCGCUUUAACCACCCAGAGGAGGCCCUCAGGAUGAAGAGCCUGAUGCCAGGUGGAAGUCCUGGAUUUACCAAUACCUACAAGAACCACUCAGAAACUCAUGGGCAGCGUCAAUGGCAACCCCUUCCUUUACAUGAGCGGUCUCGUCCUGGAGCCGGCACUCUUGUGCGCUCUAUUGAGAAGGACUUUCAAGACAUUAUGAAUUCUCUAUCUAUGGACGAUGGCCAUGCUGAGCAUUGUAAAAAAGCCCGCCAUCCCAUUCCACAGUCUGCCAUGCUCAACGGGAGCGGCCACAGUCUUGUCUCUACUCCAACUAGUCCUGGUGCUUUGUCCGUAAACUCCAGCUGAAAUACCAGUCCUCCUUAUUCCCCCCUGUCCACUCCCUCCGUGGUUAGCAGUCCAGGGGCUUGUUUUGGACUCUGCCAGACCCGCUCCAACAGCUACACCAAUACCGUUCAGGCCCCAGUGCCACAACCACGGACUUUUGCAUCCAAGAACUGCAGCUCCAAUGGGGGUCUAAAAGAUCAAGAAUGUCCCAGGAUUCAAAAAGCCUUGACUGAAACCCCUUCAAGUCCUGGUACAAACCGUAGAGUGAGAGUCCACACCUGGGCCAUGGUUCUACCUCAGGGUCUGGUCUGGGUACCUGGAGAUUUAGGCAGACAGGUAAACACCAGAUUCACCUCCUCAUCUUCAACAUCUUCAAGUCCCAGGUCCAGCGUAGGCUCAUCAGUCCAAGAAACUUCUUCCAGUAUUCAGUCCCUUUCACGUGCACUCCUUCCUCCAGACAGUCCCCAAUCAUCUCGUCGUGGUGUAGAAACGUCCAGCAUCCGUGAACUUCCUCCCCUCAGCCCAUCCACAUCACGCAGAGGUAUCCUUGGGGUGUCUGUUCUCCCUAUGGCUCCAGGUGUUUCUUUGACCUCUCGUGGCCGGAGUGUAGCAGAUAGUCCUCGUCUACAACGACGAACCACAGCUGAGGAAGAUGUUGGAAAUACGAGAUUGCACACCAGGAGUCCGUCUCCUGUAUCAUCUUUUUUGAAGGACCAGUGUGGCAGUAAGCAAAAAGGGGGACUCACCUCAGCUGCCGGCUCUCAGACAGGGGUGUCUCCUCUCACCAGUCCUCGUAACCAAAGGAAAGCCACCAGGGAGGCCCGGCAGGUCCCGCCGCGCACACGGGAGCGCAAGAACAGCAUUUCAGAGGUCAGCGAUAAAGAGGAAGAUCUACUGGAGUACCAUCGGUGGCAGAGGGAGGAGAGGAUGCGUGAGCAGGAGAUGGAGAGGCUGGAGAGGCAGAGGCUGGAGACCAUUCUGAAUUUGUGUGCAGAGUAUAAUAAGAACGAUCCUCCGGUUGGUGUGGACGCAGGGAGGGUGUGCCAAUUCCCAGGGAUGGAGGAGGUCUCUGUUCGGCGACCGGGCCCUGACCCUGUGAGCGUGCCGGGCCAGAGCUCUCACAGACAGAGAGAAAGCGAGGAGGACAACCUCAAAGAGGAGUGUAGCAGCACCGAGAGCCAGCACCAGGAGCAUGAAGAUACUUCAGUGCUGGGCCAGCAGGAGCGUGUGUAUCUGGAGGAAGAGCGGCUCAGGAUUCUGGCUCGAGUGGAUGAACUAAAGACCCGUGUCACUGACCUGGAACAGCAGAUACAGGAGUCCAGGCAAGAGGCGGAGAUGGAGAGGGCAUUGCUGCAGGGGGAGCGCAGGGCGGAGCUUGAUCAAGUGGAGGCAGAGCUGGAGAUCAUCAAUCAACUUCAGCUGAAACUGAAUGAAGUGGAAAAUGCGACUCAGAGGGAGAAAGAGAAGGAGAGAGCUAAAGUCUCAGCUGAGCGGGAUGUCCUGGCCAGACUGAAGGACUCGUACAGUGAGCUGAAAGGCCAGCUUCAUAAAUGCCCCGAAUCACUGAGGGAGCACUUACAGGAACAACUGACCAGGAAGGUGGAGGCACUGGAGUCGGCCACUAAGCGCUUUGAGGAUUUGGAGUUUCGCCAGUUGGAGCGAGAGAGUGGCAUUGAGGAGGAGAAGGAGACGGUUGGCAGGCAGCUGUUGCAGGAGAAGGCAGAGUAUCACCGGAAUGUGGCCAAAAGGAAGGAGAAAAUGGCAGCUUUGGAGAUCCAGGCUAACCAACUUGGACUUCAGGCAGCUCAGGAUUGUGAAAGAAUGGCCAAAGAUAGAACCCUGGCCCUGCAUAUGCUCCACAAGGAAAAGGAGAGACUGUCUGCCCUGGAGAAGAGAUACCAGAGCUUGACCGGUGGAAAGAAUUUCUCCAAGCCUGCCAGCACAAAGAGGUGAGAAGUGCUUUACAUCAGCGAACCUGACUUUUUAGAUGAGCUCCCUUCUCAGAAUUCUCUGCUCCCCUCAUCCUGUUGUCAAAGAUCCACCCCUCAGAUAUGUUCUAACAGGCCACAGGAGGAGUACCUCAAACUCUCUGAUGUAUAUAAGAUGUAUGGGAAUGGAUGUGUCCCCGCCCAGACUGCCUCUCCUAACUCGCUCUGUCUACCGCUGGCUGUAACAUCAGACACACCUCGUGAGGAGUAUGUGACGGUCAGUCAGUUAAACCAGCUGUUCGGGAUGCCUAAAGUUGACCCCUCCCCCACUUCUUCCAUCCAAUCAUUCCAAGCUAUUGUUGUUGACCCUGCCCACUCCAGCCACACAUCCCAGUGUGGCUCCUCCCAGUCACUUCCUGUUGAGACCCAGCCUGCAUGGAGUAGACCUUCAAUCCCUAGGCUAGAUUCAGAGCGUUGGUACCAGGAGAUCAUGGCGGCUGGGCAGCCCAGUCACGGCUGUCCUCCCCCUCUGCCCGCUAAGUGUCUCUCCUCACGUAAACCAAUGCAGAUGUGUAAGCAGGAUGGAGAGACCAAUGGCACCUUAUCAGGCAGAAACACACCUACCAAAAGUCUCCCAGAUUUGUCUCCUGCUUAUUUGGACAUAGACUCCAAGAGACAGCUGGAUCUACAGAGCAGAGGGCUCUACACAUGUGAUGAUUCCAGAAUCAGGCCUAUGGAUCCUAAACUGAGCCACUGGGGGGCACCACCUUCAGGAGCACCCAUGGUCCACCACUCCAUUCUGCACCACCAGGCACCCCCAGCUGGAGAGUCCACAUACGACACCCUGAGCCUGGAGAGCUCCGACAGUGUGGAGACCAGCGUAUCGACUGGAAACAACUCCGCAUGUUCUCCCGAAAGCAGCAACGGGCUGGCAGGACUGAGACUGGAGGAGAUGGAGAAGAUGCUGAAGGAGGCCCAGCAGGAGAAAGCCAGACUGGUGGAGAGUCGAGAGAGGGAAGUCCAGGCAAGAAAGCAGAUGCUGGAGGCUGAGAGACGGAGGAGAGAGGAGGUGGAGAGGAGGCUGCUGGACGAAACCGCGCACAGGCAGAGGCUCGUGGAGGAAGAGGUCAAGAUGAGGGAGAAACAGUGUUCUCAGGCUCGGCCAAUGACACGGUACCUGCCGAUCCGAAAAGAGGAGUUUGACCUGCGUUCACAUGUGGAGUCAUCAGGCCACAGCGUGGACACGUGUGCAUAUGUCAUUGUUACAGAGAAGAUGUGUAAAGGUCACCUCGUCAAGAUGGGCGGCAAGAUCAAAUCCUGGAAAAAACGCUGGUUUGUCUUCGAUCGACUUAAAAGGACCUUCUCUUAUUAUGUUGAUAAACACGAGAGCAAACUGAAGGGUGUCAUCUACUUCCAGGCCAUAGAAGAGGUGUAUUACGAUCACCUGCGCAGCGCCACGAAGAGUCCGAAUCCUUCGCUGACCUUCUGCGUGAAGACUCAUGAUCGACUUUAUUUCAUGGUGGCUCCGUCUCCAGAGGCCAUGCGCAUCUGGAUGGACGUCAUAGUAACAGGUGCUGAAGGCUACACACAGUUUAUGACAUGAAGGAGCCAUCAGUUAAAAGAGACGUAUGCAAAAUUGCCAAAAAAGCCAGCACUGAUAGAUUUCUGUCAUCAUGACUAGAGAAGAACUGAACUCAGGCUGGUUUAACGAUGACUGGUUAUUGUUCCAAUGAUGGUCAGAUUUUACUAAAAAGGUAUUAUAUAAAUAUAUAUAAAGAGAGAGAGAGAGAAAGAGAGAGAGAGAGUUUCUCUGUAUUGUAUUACAGAGGUGGUUACAGUAUUUUAUGGCAUUUGAAAUCAUAUGCUCAGUACUUUUUUUAAUAUCUCAAUAGUUUUAUGGUGCCAAGUCUUCAAGUGUAUAUACAUCAUUUUACUACCAACACACACAUUUAAUUUUAGUCAUCAGUUAUAUGAUUACCAUGAAUAACUAAAAGGGAUAGUUCACCCAAAAUGAAAGUUUGUUUACUCACAAAAAAGAUACUUCAAAGAAUGUGAGAUAUCAGUAGCGCUUGACUUUCAAAGUACUUUUUUUCCUGCUGUGGAAGUCAAUGGCUACGUUUCCAUCCACCUAUUUUAUGUGCAUUUUGUAUUUGCGCAUAAAAAAAAAACGGUUGAUUGAAACGCCAAGAUGCGCAUUCAUUUUUAAAGUGAGCAUAAAUAAUGUAGGUGCAUAACUGAGUAGGAUAAGCAUUUCGUUUGAUAGGAAAAGAUGCGCAUAAACUGAGAUGGAAACACUUUUACCAAACAAAUUCCAGUAGGCGCAUUAAAAAGGUCAUGUGAUUUUGUUGAGAGAUCAUGUGAUGAUAAAAAUGUGUGUGAAUGGACAAACCAGCAGGCUGAGCACAUUGUAAAACUAUUAAAUGUUGUUUUGGUCAUUCUUAAACACCUUAACUGUUUCAGUAUAAGUGAUAUUAUAUUAAUAAUUACCUCCAGAACUGUCAAGAGCGUCUGAACUCGACGCCUUCAAACGUCACCACAUGUUCAUUGCAUGUAGGCAUUGCCUUCUGAAGCGCUAGUCAUUUAUUAAACAAAGAAAAGAUUCAUGCAGCUUCUCCUACUGCAGCAAAUUCCAUUUUACUGUUGAUAUUUGGCACAAGUUAAUCAGGAAGUGAGGAUUUUGUUCAAUUUGACUCGUUGGAUGGAAACGCUGUUUUAUUUGCAUGUCUUUUAUGCGAUAUUCCUGUUCUGCGCAUAAAUUUAAUUAGCAUUUUUGGAUGGAACUAUAGCUAAUGGCUACCAGUUUCUAACUUCACUGUAAAAAAUGCUAGAUUCCACAUAAUUCCUUCAUGUUGUCUUAACACAAAUCGAUUAAGUAAUAACUAAUAGUUUUUAGAAAUUUAGGUUGAUUGAAUGGCUACACAGUGGCGCAGUGGGUAGCACGAUCGCCUCAGAGCAAGUGUGUUGGCGUGGGUGUCCUCCAGGUGCUCCAGUUUCCCCCACAGAGACAUGCGCUACAGGUGAAUUGAAUAAGCUAAAUUGGCCGUAGUGUAAGUGUGUGAAUGCAAGAGUGUAUGGGUGUUUCCCAGUGUUGGGUUGCAGCUGGAAGGGCAUCCGCUGCGUAAAACAUAUGCUGGAUAAGUUGGCGGUUCAUCCCGCUGUGGCGACCCCAGAUUAAUAAAGCCAAAAAGAAAAUGAAUGAAUGAAUGAUUUUAAGUGGAUUGAACAUAGUAAGUAAAAUUAUUAAUUAACUUCAGUUUGGCACUGACCAAAGUGCUGAACAAAACCAUUACACACAUUCUAAAACAGUAAAAUAACAAUAAAAGUAAAAAUAAGAAUAAUGUUAUGACAUCAACAAUGUACAAUAAAGAUUAAAAGCCAGGGAAGGCAAUAGAUUAAAAAUGUGUCUUAAGUCUGGACUUAAAAAUAGGGAGAGAAGAAGCACUCGUAAUGUCCGGUGGAAGCUGGUUCCACAAACAUAGAGUGGCAACUGCAAAUGCUCUCCUUUUAGUUUAAGUCAUGAGUGAGAAAUUUGUAGUAAAACUUUAUUUGACGACCUAAGAGACCGAGGAGUUGAAUGUAAGAUAAUAAGUUCAGAAAUAUAAGAAGGUUUUGGAAGGAAGGAACAUAAACCAAUUAAGUUAUUCCAUAGAUAAAUCAUAAAUUAUGUUGAUAGAGCUCAUUAUAAAUAAGGGAUUUGAACAAGCAGCAAAAAUACUUUUCUGAGUGUUUCUUUAAAACAUAUUUUUGUGCUGAAGAGAAAAAUGAAUAACAUUUUGGAGGGUGAGUAAACAGUGAUUAAAUUGUCUUUUUUAGGUGAACUAUCCCUUAAAUAGUAUUUGACAGCUUUCAUAAUUUGUUUUUGGGUAUGGAGGCAGCAAUAUUAUAUUUUUAAUUGCGAAAAGACAUUUUAGCACAUUUGAUUUUGUUUGUAUAUGUAUAAUAUAUCAUUUUGCUGCAGAGAUUCUUAAGGAAAUGGCUCAGGUGCUCAGACAUGUAUCUAAAAACGCUUUGCCUUCUGCCUGUUUUGUAAUUUUAUCAUGCAAGAUUAUUCUGUAGGGGACCAUUGCAGUAAAUAUUUUUCAUUAUCUUGGUACUUUUGUACCGACAGGUAUUGUCUUGCCAAAGCUUCAACCGUGUUGUUGUACUCUGAUUUGCACAUCUUUUGUUUCAGGGUUUCAAAAUGUGUGGAUGUGCCACCAUGAUACAUAUAUAACUAGAUAUUUUGUGUAUUGUGCUAUGCAGAUUAUCGAUAUCCUCUUGAAUGACGUCUAAGUUAAUGAGAAGGACAGUGUGAAUUUUUGAUAAGUUUCAACACUAACAGUGCAUUUCUAUACAGUAUAUUCACUUCUUUUUGACAGAAACAGGUAGCAUAUACUCUGAGGCAAAUAAAAACGUCUAACAAAA